AUGUAUUGGAAACUGUUUGUGUCACUGCUCCCGCACCUGCUCGUUUGUAACUCAUUGGCCAGAUCUGUUAUUUACGAAAAUGUCGAGGACGACGUCGUCGCCGUUGGCUCAUUCAUUCGCGAGGUACGCCAACCGGCGCCGUUAAAAAUCGCUGCGGAAGUGAGGGACCUAAUGAGCGCCGGUAACGCACCGAAAAAGGAUACUAAAAAACACAUGAAAAACGCAUCUGGCAAAUCAGACGAGGGUGGCUACUACAGAACCUACGGGAGCGAUGCGGAGGGCGAGAAGGGUUACUUGAAGGAAACCUACGGUAAAGGUGAUCACGGCUACAAGUCUCUCGACACCUUCCACAAACAGGAUGGCGACAAAUACGAAUUUGAGACGCAAACCUCUUACGGCAAGGCUCAUGACGAUAAGAAACGUCAUAACGAGAAAAAGAAUCGUGAUCACGAGGGCGCAGGUACUAUGAUCGAUACGGAAUACGCCGCUGAUUCGAGUGAGGGAAGCGAAUACUAUACCGGAGGCAAUGAUGGAGAUCAUUAUAGUAGCCAUUACACCGAGGAGAAAGAGCCGGAAUCUUACAGUCACAACGAGAAAUAUUCCUCUGGCGAUGGUGACGACGGAUCUUACGAAACGCAUAGCUCUUACAGCUCUGAUGGGGAAGAAGAAGAGGGAGAUCAUUAUUAA